GUAGUUGUAAUUUUAAAUCUUCUUUCUUCUUUUGCAGGAUCUUUUUUUCAGGGGGAAACAACCAGCAAAUCAUUCCGAUCUCAGAUUCGGCUUCACUCUAAUCAAGACAAUGCUCCUCCUCAUCCCCAUUCACCUGCAAAACUGAGGAAAAACCUGCAUCAAAUGAAAUGUACCUUGGCACAAAAGAUAGAAAAUCUAUAAAUCUGUCUUGAAUCAUCAUAAUUUGAAUACAACUACAAAUUCUUAAUAAAUAUCAAGACUCAAUCAUGUCCAAGGACGACGCUUGCAAAGUGACAUCUGCCAGCAAACACAAGGAGCGCAAGCCCAAGAAGCCUCACUAUAUUCCCCGGCCAUGGGGUAAACCCUACAACUACAAAUGCUUCCAGUGUCCCUUCACUUGCAUGGAGAAAUCUCACCUGUAUAACCAUAUGAAAUAUAGCCUGUGUAAGAACUCCCUUUCUCUGCUCAUAGAGUCAGACUGGCCCUAUAAAAAGGGCAACAUCCUGCACCCAGAUCAGCUACGACCCUUUCAGCAGGUGCAUGGUCUCCACGCUCCUGGGAAGGAUGAACUAGAGCAGGUAACACGGACUGAGGAGAGACCGAGGCAGCGCAGGAACAUGGAGGAGGAAGGGGAGGACAGGGAAAGCCAGGGACCAGAAGAGGAAGAGGAGGGAGGACGAGGUGAGGGAGCAGAGAUUGUUGGGCUGACAAAGGAGAGCUCCAGCAACAGCAGCAGCAGAGGAGAGGCUGCAGAGUGCGCUGCCAAGAAAACCAAACAGCCAGAGUCAGAGCUCCUGAUGGCUGACAUGCUCUCCCUGGAAGACCAGCUUUUACGAGCACGUUCAGUAGAAGUAGAGGCCCAGCUGAAACAUUAUAAGCUAUCCAAGACAUGCCUAACAGCUCCCGGGUUGCUGUCAGAGCAGUGGCGGCUGCUAGCAUCCAGCCACACCAAGGCCAAAUCAGAAGGAACUCAACCCAGGGUGAGCAGCUCAAUUCCCUGUUACCCUCCUCCGCCAAACCUGGUGGACUACCAGGAUCCCACUGGACUCAAUCUGUCAGUACUCGGGGUAGGCUAUCCCAUCAGCCCCAGCCUCUUCUCCUACAUGAACUCGGCCAUUCCCGCUGCUGCCACGGGUGUCACAGCCCAGACCCAUGCCCAGCUCGCCCAGCUUCCCUUCCUGGCUUCGGCUGCUCAGUUAAUGCACCCAGCCUCUGGCACACACACAGACAGAGCCCUCAUCCCCCCUCGCUUCUACUACCCAUUUUUGUGCGAGCACACGUUUGGACCGACCUCCAGUCAGAGCGACACCAGCAAGUCACUCAAGACGUCCACAAACAGUCUAGAAGUGAAUCCCCUGUCCAGCUUCCAGCCCAAAGUCAAUCUGUGGAAAGUGCCAGCAUUGCGGCCAGGGACCGCUGCUGUCUCUCCUGCUGACUGGGUGUCACCUCAGAGAGACUCCCCUGAUCAGGGCUACAGGCUCGGGGAUAAACUGCAGGCUAUACCCAAGGAUGCCAAAGCAACCUGGGGUCUAAAGAGGACAGGGGCACCACUGGGGAACCAUGAGGUACCUAUGGAGAAGAAGCCGGCCAUGGGCUUCACUUUGGACCUCCUGAAGAAUAUUCAGACUGCAUCGUCUCUUAACGUGGCAGCAGACAAACUUCUCUUCCAGAACAGUUUACAGGAUGCUCAGCUUCAGACCCGGCCCACUGAACUGUGGUACAAUGAUACGCUCACCAGCCCCAACAGUGAAACAUCCUCUCUUUCAACCUGUGGGGGACCCAACAACCAAGACCCGACUGCUGCCCAGACAGUGGGAGAGGGAGUGUCAGAGUCAGUGGCUGCUCUCCUGAGUGACCUCUCCAAGGCCUUGCAGGAGUACCAAGAAGCUGAGCGCAAAAUCUCCCACCUGGAGAAGGAGGACAUUCCCGCCCAGCGGCACCUCUGGGAGCACCUGAGCAAAAUCCGCAGUGAGCUCUCCCACAUCCAUCAGGCGCUGGAGCGGACAGCCCGCCAAAGCGAUGGGCCUCUAGACCUGUCAGUAAAGAGGGACUCGACGGAUUUAGCCGGUGACCAGGGCAUGAGAGAGGAUGGCAGUCUCAAGGGCAACAGCACGGAGACAGAGGAGGAGGAUGAGGAGCUGCAGGAGAGAAGGGAGGAAGAGGAGGAUGAGAGUGAGAGGAAGGCGAUGAAGGCUUCGUUGGAGAGUCGCAAGCAGUCGUUGGACAUAUUGAUCAAGAUGAGUCAGGCGUCAGUGGUAAACACAGAGGUUCUCUCUCCUGGUGGACUCGGCAUCAGGCCCACGCCGACUGAGGCCUUAUGGCCGAGCAGAACCACUAAGUGUGAGGCAGACUCGAGUGUCCUGCUCUGCCCCGACGGCCGAUCCGUGGUGUUCACUGACAUCCCUGCCUCUGCCAAAACCUCAAAGAGACCCCCGUCCAUACAGCGGCUAGAAGCUCAGUGUCCUCCAAGUCCUUUGACAGCUACUGAUAACUGAACUUCUGUUCUUCUGACUGUAAUAUAACUGAUUCUAUAUUGUCCUCAAAUGCAGUUGUCUUUAUUGUUACUGGCAUGCCUUUGAUUUUCACUGGCUGGAAGAGGACUUUCAUGCUUAUUCUCAGUUUACCUUCACUAAAACCUCAAACAUUUUGCACCUUAAAAGAAAAAUGAAUGAGUGGAUGAAUUUGAAAGAUGAGGAUUUCUAAUGCACUAAGAAUUGAUUGAGACUAAGAUUGUUACAAUAAUACAAUGAAAUGAAAAUAAUUUAAAAAUGUAACAUCAGGGCUUAGUAAUUUCCAUCAGGAUAAUUUGAAUAAUUAAGUCCAUUAAAAUCAUGCUGAGAGACAAUCCUUUGGUUGGAUUUGUAAAUAUUGUAAUUACAAUAAAUGUAAGUAAAAUGUUUUAAGGAGUAAAUGGUUUUAUAUGGAUGAUGUCAUGUUGGGCUGCAUCAUUUCACUUGAUGAAAAUACAAUGUAUUAUACACACUGUAUUUCUUUGA